AUGCCCAAGGACAACGCGUGUUGGCCAUGUCGUAGACAGAAACUUGGCUGCGACAAAACGCGUCCGAAAUGCCAACGCUGCGCAAGAUGCAAUAGGGACUGCCAAUAUGGUCUUCAGUUGUCGUUUCCGAGGCACGAUGACAAGAGACGAGGCUGGCACCAUGCCGUUGUCCAGGGAGUACAACAGAUGCCCCCCGAGGGUCAGCUACACUUUAUCAACGUGUUAUUCUAUGACUUGAACAACCAUACACACAUGACGCGAGGCACUCGAUUAAACGCUCUCUCAAACUCGCUUGCACAAACAUGGGAGACAAUUUCAACGCCCAGAGCUAUGCCAUGGAAGCCGUUAGAGGCUAUUGGAGAGAAUGGUCUGAUUCAAUACUAUCAGGAUGUGAUUGGAUCUAUCGUCAGCACUGUCAGUCAAAACGACUGCUACAGUGUCCUAAUGAGGAUGGCAUUCUGUACCGAAUCGAGUGCGUCCGAGGCAGUAAGGCUAGCCAUCUGUGCACUCGCUUGUCUGCACAUGUGUGGUGGGAAACACGCCAGCGUUCUUCGUACCCAAGCCCGACAUCAUUUUCUGAUGAUCCAGAGUCAGCUUGAUGAUCCGCAGGAGUUGUUGCAAAGCAUCGUGGCGGCAAUGCUUCUUGGGCUGUAUGAGAUCUUCGAUCAGCCACACUCAGAUGCUCCAUAUUCCUGGGCCCUCGAUGUGUGCUAUGCUAAAAAGGCACUGGGGGCAAUGGAGAUUCCGACAAAUAGCCCUGUCACGAGUGACGAGUCUUUACUGCUCGACUGGGUAACAUACCAUGAUGUCAUGUCCAAGUUCAGCAUAACACACUAUGUUGAUAGACAGGAGGAUCAGGUUGAGUGCGCUAACAACAAGUGCUUGAGGCAAAAGCAAAUGAGCGCGUCAAGCAAGACAAAGAUUUCUGGCCCAGUCGGCUGCUCCAUUGAGCUCCUAUUGGUCAUCUCUCGAGUGUUCGAUGCUGCCUACGAGCAGGAGAUGGGCGCAGGACAGGUGUCCGACGAUAGAGUGGACAGUCUUGAGCACUCAAUCCUCAACGCACGACAAGUCCUCGAGGUUGAAUCAGUGAGCCACGACCGCGCGGUCGUGAUUGAGGAAGACGCCAUGAAGCACAUCGCAGAGCUCUUCCGGCUAGCAGGCCUCAUAUACCUGCACCGAGCAAUCAAGAAGAGUCCUCCAUGGCUACCACCGGUGUCUAUGUGGGUCAGCGAAGCAUAUGACCACUUGCGGAAGAUUACAGUUUGCGAUCGCAACUUUCCCCUCUUCAUCAUUGCCUGCGAAGCCCGCACUGAUGAGCAACGGAGUGAGAUCCUCCGUGUGCUCCGAAACAGCGAGGAGAAGUCCAAGGUCGGCAACACGUUACGCGUGCGCCAGUUUAUAGAGCGUGUUUGGGCACAGGAUGACUUGGACCAGGAGCAGAGAAUCAAGUAUACGAGCAAGAUCACGGCAAGCCUGAGUACAUGCAAUGCACUGCCAGCCAUGACCUGA